AGCGGAGCGGGGCUAGAGCGAGAGAGGGGGCGGCGAGCGCUGCCGGGUGUAACGAAAACAGCGGCGGAGCCGCAGCUGCCGGAGCCGGCUUCUGGCUUCUCCCCUGGUGUUCAUCUGCUGCAGCCUAAUGGCUAAACAGCUCCUUCGGUGGAUUCCACCCAUUGAUGCCCAGAACAUUCCCUGGAUUGAUAGUUGCUGUGUUCAGAAGUUAUUGCAUUAUAUUUCAGCGGACAAGCAGAAAAAUGCCAAGCAUUAAAUAGCUUCCUGGAAACUAGGACAAGUAUGUAAGAAGUCCAGUCAAUCAAUGUGGAUUUCUCCUGUCAAAAGUUCUCAGUUUUGCCUACCACACACCCUUUAGAUACUCUUCUCUGUGCCAUGCUCUGUGGCUCUCAUCACAAGAGGAAUUUGUCUUCAUGAAGAUUCUUAACAUUGGUAAUGUGAUGAAUAAAUUUGAGAUCCUUGGGGUUGUAGGUGAAGGAGCCUAUGGGGUUGUACUUAAAUGCAGACACAAGGAGACACAUGAAAUUGUGGCCAUCAAGAAAUUCAAAGACAGUGAAGAAAAUGAAGAAGUCAAAGAAACCACUUUACGAGAGCUUAAAAUGCUUCGCACUUUGAAACAGGAAAACAUAGUAGAGCUGAAAGAGGCUUUCAGACGAAGAGGAAAAUUAUACUUAGUGUUUGAAUAUGUGGAAAAAAAUAUGCUUGAAUUGCUAGAAGAAAUGCCAAAUGGAGUUCCACCGGAAAAAGUAAAAAGCUAUAUCUACCAAUUAAUCAAAGCGAUUCACUGGUGUCAUAAGAAUGACAUUGUUCAUAGAGAUAUCAAACCGGAAAAUCUCUUAAUAAGCCACUGUGAUGUUCUGAAGCUGUGUGACUUUGGCUUUGCUCGGAAUCUGUCAGAAGGAAGCAAUGCAAACUAUACAGAAUAUGUGGCCACCAGGUGGUACCGUUCACCUGAACUCUUGCUUGGAGCCCCCUAUGGGAAGUCUGUGGAUAUGUGGUCUGUAGGCUGCAUUCUUGGGGAACUUAGUGAUGGGCAGCCACUAUUUCCUGGAGAAAGUGAAAUUGACCAGCUUUUUACAAUUCAGAAGGUGCUAGGACCACUUCCAUCAGAGCAGAUGAAGCUUUUCUACAGCAAUCCUCGUUUCCAUGGGCUGCGGUUCCCAGCAGUCAACCAUCCUCAAUCUUUGGAGAGGAGAUAUUUAGGAAUUUUAAGUGGUGUUUUGCUUGACCUUAUGAAGAACUUGCUGAAGCUGGAUCCAGCAGAUAGAUACUUGACAGAGCAAUGUCUGAACCAUCCUUCGUUUCAAACUCAGAGACUCUUGGAUCGUUCACCUUCACGGUCAGCUAAGAGAAAACCUUACCAUGUAGACAGCAACACAUUAUCUAACAGAAAUCAAGCCAGCAAAAGCUCUGCUGUGCAGUCACAUCAGAGAUCGAAUAGCAAGGAUAUGCAGACUCUAGGAGCUGGACUGCAAAGAGGAGAAGAGGUUCUUCCAGCAAAUGAAAGCUUUCUAAAUGGAAAUCUUCCUGCAGCUGCACACAGUCCAAUGCAUACAAAAAAAACAAGCAACCCACCUGGAUCUGGCAACAAGGAUCUAGCCAAUAACAACAUACCACAUCUUCUCAGUCCAAAGGAAUCAAAGACAAAAACAGAAUUUGAUUUUAAUUUGGACCCAAAAGCCUCUGAUGGUCCAGGUACAAAAUAUCUGAAGUCAAACACCAGAUCUCAGCAGAACCGGCACUCAUUUAUGGAAACUUCUCAAAGCAAAACUGGCACUCUGCAGCCAAGUGAGAAACAUAGUCGACACAGCUAUAUUGAUACUAUUCCCCAGUCUUCAAAGAGUCCCUCCUAUCGGACAAAGUCAAAGACUCACGGGGUUCUGACAGAUUCAAAAUCUGUGGGUAAUCUUUCUGAGGCCAGGGCUCAAAUUGCGGAACCAAACAGCAGUAGGUAUUUUCCAUCAAGCUGUUUAGACUUGAACUCUCCUACAAGUCCUACUCCUCCCCGGCACAGUGACAAUAGAACUUUACUCAGUCCUUCGGGCAGGAAUAACCGAAGUGAUGGUACCUUGGAUUCCCGAAGACCGCCAACAAGACAUUCCAAAACCAUGGAAGAGUUGAAAUUGCCAGAUCAUAUGGAUGGAAGCCAUUCACAUUCAUUAUCUGCCCCACAUGAAUCAUUUUCAUAUGGUCUAGGUUACACAAGUCCCUUUUCCUCACAGCAGCGCCCUCAUAGACAUUCCAUGUAUGUGAGCCGAGACAGAGUGAGGUCCAAGGGCUCAGAGGGUGGCUUAAGCGUAGGGCAGGGGAUGGCAGCCAGAGCAAACAGCCUGCAACUGUUAUCUCCACAGGUGCAGCAUAGGUCACUCACACGAUCUGUUGGCUCUUCACGGGAAGACUGUACAGAAGAUACUAAUAGGAGUGACCAGAUCCCACCAGAGAUGAAUCUAACAAGAUCUGCAGUUAAAGAUUCUUCCAGAGACGUUACAACUUCAUUUCAUUCACAGCAAAAGUCUGAGGGUGGAACGUAUCAUGAUCCGCACCCAGAGGAUGGAGCCUCUAGUAAAGAAAAUAGACUUCUGUAUAAUGACCCUAUUCCCAGAAGAGUUGGCAGCUUUUACAGAGUGCCAUCUCCACGUCCAGAGGGCACAUUCCUUGAAAACAGUGUGUCAAACAGAGUCAGUGCACUACCAGCAGACAGCAGCACCGUGACAAACCACUCAAAAAGACAAACUACCUUUGAUCCAUGGAAAAGUCCUGAAAAUGUUAACAGUCAGUCGGAGCAACUCAAGGAGAAAGAAAAACAAGGUUUUUUCAGGGCAAUAAAAAAGAAAAAGAAGAAAUCUCAAACUAUAGAAUCAACCAACGGGGAGAAUCCAAGCAUCAAGAAAUCCCUCUUUCCUCUUUUUAAUUCAAAGAAUCAUUUAAAGCAUAGUUCUUCUUCUUUGAAAAAGCUUCCUGUAGUCACUCUACCUAUGAUGCCCGGCAGUGAUGGUCAGGAUCUUUUGGCAUUACAGAAAGCCAUUCACUCUUCCAAUCUCCAGAGCAGCAGGCAGAAGGAUUGGCAUCCUGAGAAGAUGACAGAAAUCCAAACUCAUAGCCAACCUUUAAAAUCCCUUCGGAAGCUGUUACAUCUGUCCUCCUCCUCAAAUCAUUCUAUCCCCUCUGAAUCCCGCUUCCAGCCAUUACCAAGUCAACCAGCCAAAGCUGCUUUUUCUGAAGUGCGAAUUCACCCCAUAAGUCAAACUUCCAGUAGCAGCAGCAGCAGCAAUGUGCGUCAGGAGCCCCAAUCAAAAGGCAGGCCGACACUUCAGAUACCAAGCCAGAUAGAACCGAGUUGGCAUGUGUCUCCGGUGAACAGGAGUGCUAGUGACGGGACUUCCUACUCUGAUCAACUGCCUUCCAAGAGUGGACAGAAUGGGCCCACGUAUAACCGAACAAACCGCUCCCGAAUGCCAAAUCUGAAUGAUUUAAAGGAGACGGCCUUGUAAUGGCACUCCCGAUUGUACGCCAAUUAACAUGGGAAUUUGAGUCGAGGGUUUGAUGGUGGUGCUGGUGAUAGUAAGACUGUAUUUUCAGCUUUAUAAAAGUGUGCAAUAUGUACCUGUGGGGCUAUAUUGUUUGGCACCACACUGAUAGUCAGGGAUCAUACAGUAAAACAAGAUGAAUUAUUAAUUACCAGUCAUCAGAAAUCUCAUUGGCUGAUGGUGUGUGCAAUUCAGGGAGAAGAAAUGUGUUGCUAUUUUUUCUCCUUUACAUUCCAGCUCAGUGCACAUCUCUGUCUGAAAGACGGGAGAGUUUAAGUAUGUACUGGCACUUCGAGGGGUGAAAACAAUUAAUGUCUAGACUUAUGCCCUUACUACAUAUUUUGCUGCCUAGUUAAAACAGUGGGGUUUAUGUGAUACAAGUAUCCCUGUUAAGGGUUAAAGUUGAAUUGUACAUCUUAAAUUUGUUUUUUAAACUUCCACAUUUGAUAGGAUUUGUAAUAUUUAUUUAUGAUGAACUAAUAUCGUACUGUUAUAAUCAUCUCUUCUGUUACAAUGUAAAGUUAUUUUGAGCUGUUUGAAACAUUGUGAAGCAGUGCAACAGCUACCGUAGUUUCUAUAAAAACUAACAGUAACAUUUAUAUAUUGCAUCAGGAGUAUUUUAUUCUCU